GCGGGCACGUGACGAGGCCCUAGGGGCCCUUACGUUAGGCACGCUGCAAGCGCGCGGGCUGGGCGGGGUUCGGCGGCGCCCGGUGAGGACCAAAGUGCGUCUGCAGGCCGGGCAAAACCCAGUUGGGUUGGACAGCCAUGCCCAAGUACUGCCGGGCUCCGAACUGCUCCAACAAUGCGGGCCAACUGGGCGCGGACAACCGCCCGGUGAGCUUCUACAAGUUCCCCCUGAAGGAUGGCCCCCGGCUGCAGGCCUGGCUGAGGCACAUGGGGCGCGAGCACUGGGUGCCUAGCUGCCACCAGCACCUGUGCAGCGAGCACUUCGCCCCCUCUUGCUUCCAGUGGCGCUGGGGCGUGCGCUACCUGCGGCCGGAUGCUGUGCCCUCCAUCUUCUCCCGAGCGCCGCCCGCCAAGAGGCAGACGAAUUCCCGAAGCACCGAGAAACCAGUCGUGCCUCCGCCUCCGCAGGAGGCCACGUCCCUGUCCCCUGGCCCAGCCGUCCCGGCCCCUGGCCCCGUACAGCUUGUGGUGCUGGGGCCAGCAUCCGGGGGUCCCGAAGCCCCAGCCACAGUGUUCCUGACUCCCCUGCCGCUUCCGCCGGUUCCCACGGGGCCGCGCCCUGGAGUGUCGGCCCAGCACCCCCGGCCCGGGCUGGGCGCGGCGCUGGGAGCGCUGCAGCGGCGGGUGCGGAGGCUCCAGCGGCGCCACGAGCGGCACCAGGCGCGGCUGCGGGCUCUGGAACAGCUGGCGAAGCAGCUGCGCGUGGAGAGCCUGCUGGCGCCGGCGCACGGGGGCCGGCUGCGCGCGACACCUGAUGAUGAGAAGGAGCUGGCCUGGAAGGCACGUGGACUGGAUGUUCCAGGGAGAAGAACAGCCCCUGCACAUGCCCUACCAUCUAAGGUAUAAGCCGGAGGAAGACAGUGUUGCUAUGGCGAACACUGAAGCAGGGAAGGGAGUGAGUGUUUGUGUGUGAGGAGGGUGGGGGUGGGACGCAAUGUUAGAGCAGAAAAGGUCUCAUUGGAAAGGUACCAAUAAGCGAAAGCCUAAAGGAGAGGAGUAAGGGAACCAGGUAUCUGGGGAAAGAGCAUUCCAGGCAGAAGGAAAGCCAGUGCAGAGGUCCUGGGGUGAGGAGGAACAAGGAGGCCAGGAUGGUUAGAGUGGAGUGACCGAGGGGGAGAGUGAGAGGAGGUGAGAUUGGAGAGAUGACAGGGAAGUUCACACAGGGACUUGUGGGUUGUGGUUGAGACAUUGGCUGUUACCUGCAGUGAGGUGCAGCAAGCAGAUGCCUUUAGGAAGGUCCUGAUGUGAUAGGUGUUAAUAGGUCCCUCUGGCAUAUUGGGGUGUUGGGGGGAGCUGCCAUAGUCCAGGUGGGAGAGGAUGAAGGAUGGACCAGGAUGAGGGCCUGGGACUGGGGUCAGGGAUGAAAUUCUGGAAAUAUCUUGAAUGGAGCUACUGGGCCUGCACAUUAGAAGGAUGAGAGGUGGAAGGCAAAGUCAGCCAGCCUGUUCAGGCUGGGAUGAUUGUGGACAGUGCAGGCCACAGCCAGUCAGGUGUGACAGCCCAGCCAGGAUGAUGGAGCCAGGAAGGCCUCAUCCCUGGGCUGGCUCCUGGAGGCCUUUCUGGGGG